AGCGUUCUACUCCAACUUUGCGCGAUAAACAUCCCUCCACUUGUUGAGUUUCGAAUCUUCGGUCCCUGUGAUCCCCCUCCCUUCGCUGCUCUUCGGAGCUACAGCAGGGACCUUUCUGAGACAGAGAGAGAAGGCAUUUGACAUUUUUGAAGAAGAAAAUGGCGGUUUCAAAGGUUGCUUUUGGAGUUCUGACUGUUGCUAUUGCUCUCAUUUUUGUCAUUGGCUCGCCGGCGGUGCAGGCCCUUUCCCCUGCUCCAGCUCCUGCCCCUACCAGCGAUGGGACAUCAAUUGACCAAGGGAUUGCCUAUGUGCUGAUGUUGGUAGCCCUGGUGCUCACUUACCUCAUCCAUGCCGCCGACUUUGGGUUUUGAGUGAUAGAGACAAAUAGGAAGGAGGAUUUUGCAUGUAAUCUUAAUGCUUAUAUGUGAUCAAGGUUCUCUUUAUUACUUUUUUCUUUUUGUAUCUGUGGAUUGAAGCUGUUUUGAAUUGGACGAAUGUGUAAUGUUAUGAACUUAGUGCUGUUUGGUUCUGUUA